UGAGGGGAGGCGAGAGGCGAGUCCCCGUCAGACAGAGUAAUUGUCGGUUCCGUACCAAAUGGUUCCCUAUUCCUUUUAUAGUGCUUACAUUUGACCAGGGUCUGUAGGGCUAGGGUCAAAAGUAGUGCACUGUGUAAGGGAUAGAGUGCCAUUUGCAACGGAAACCUCUCUCUCCUCUCCUGGAGUCAUCCCAUUUGAUAUUGUGGCUUGUCCAAUCACCCUCCGCUCGUCAACCGUUUGUCUUGACUCGCUUCCCCGCUGUAGGCUACAACCUCUCCGGUCUCUGCCCGGUGCUGUGCUGGCGCCACGGAGCUCCAGGGCCGCCCUGGUAACGAUUUCCACGUUUCGGUGAUGAGGAUGUAUCAUUUCUAAACAGGGGAGAAUGGAGAAACCCGGUUGAGAUGGUGCUUUUAUUAAGAUCCGACCGGGACACACAUCAACAACAACGAAAAUAACAGUUUUGUUGUGCGGAGUAACAGAACACACGUGCUCGUCGUCACCGGCGCAGGAGGAUUGUUUUGUUUGAGUGGCCAGGGAUUUGCAUAUGUUUUUUCAUUUAAAAACAUCAUGCACGACAAGGCGACAGACACUCAGGCUUCGACACCGUCAAAAGUCUCCUCGUUUUACAUCGAAAACCUACUCGGCUCGAGGAAGAAUGGAGAGUCAACGUAUAUCAACGGACAGGUCAACUACAACAACAACAGCCAGUAUAGUAGCAGGACCGCGGAGGAGAGUAUGGAGCGGAAUGAGAUGGUCUACCCAUCUAGCCGAGUCUUAGCGGGACAUCCCAGCCAAGUGGCCGGUCAAGUGGCAGCCUGCUCCGGCCUCGGCGCCGAGGGUUCCCCCCGGAGAGACUCGCAGUUAGAACGGAACAGAGGAGCCGCAGCCGUUAACGUCAAACCACUCAGUCUCAAAAGGUCCAACAAUCCCAACGAGGACAGUAGAUGCUCAGAUGACCGUUGCUGCUCCCACUCAGCCAGCGACCGAGACUCCGUCUCUUCCGCCGUGUCAGAAGAACCCACUGAAGGCAGCGACAAAACGGGACGGAAAACGGCAGACAGCAGCCUGACCGACGACAACGACGAGACGCAGAACGCCUUUGACGAUCAGUCGGACCCGGAAGCCCCUCUGGACCCGAGCUCUAUCCGGAAGAAGAAAACUAGAACCGUUUUCAGUCGGAGUCAGGUGUUUCAGUUGGAGUCGACGUUCGAUAUGAAACGGUACCUGAGCAGUUCUGAACGGGCAGGUAUCGCGGCCUCUCUCCAGCUGACGGAAACGCAGGUGAAAAUCUGGUUCCAGAAUCGACGGAACAAAUGGAAGAGACAGAUGGCCGCGGAUCAAGAGACCGUAAACGUUUCCCACUCGUCCCAACGGAUAGUCCGAGUUCCGAUUCUAUAUCACUAA